GGGAGGAGACACAGCCAUGGGGCUGCUGACCUUCAUCCCGCUGUUCGACCUCCUUCCCCCCGCCCCUGACAUCUCAGUGACGCCGGCCAAGCCGCGGUUCCUCAUCGGCGACACCGUGUCCAUCCUCUGCGCCGUGCCGGGCCCGGCAAACCAGGACCGGAUCCAAGGAUUUCACUUCUCCAGGAUGUCCGGUUCGGUCACCGAUGUCCGGACGUCCAAGAGGAGUUUCGUCCGCACCUUCAACGUCACCGACCCGCAAGAUGGCGGCUUCCACACCUGCUCCUACAUAGUGCUCCGGCGUGGUGGCGGCCAUGUCAUCUCCCUGCCCAGCCAGGCCAUGCUCAUCAAUGUCCAAGAUCGCCCAAUCCAACCCAACUUGACGGUGACUCCCUCCAGCGUCACCGUGGAAGGGCAGCCCCUCAUCUUCCUCUGCGCAGUGCAACCUGGCACCGCCGAGCGGAGAUUUGGGUUCUUCCAGGAUGAGCUCGAGGUCACGGACGGGAUCCAGGAAGGUUCCGGAGCUGCUGGACUCCGGCUGCAGGUGGAGAAGACCGGCCGGAACAGGACCGGGAACUUCAGCUGCCACUACGAGGAGAUGACCGAGGGGCGCUGGAUCAUGUCCUACCCCAGCGACUCCGUCCAGGUCAUCGUCGAAGAUCUGUGUCCGGCCCCCAUCCUGUCUGUGGAGCCGCCCUCGGGCGUGGUGGCCGUGGGCCACCGGCUGCGGCUGAGCUGCGCCGCGCCCCAGCACCGAUUCCGGCAGCGCUUCGGGUUCUACCACAACGGCACCAAGGUGAUGCCAAAUGCUGGUGACGUCAUUGGUGACGUCAUCACCUGGAACGGGUCCGAGCUGAUCUUUCUGAAUAUUUCCCAAAAUUUCGCUGGGAAUUUCAGCUGCCAGGUGGAGGAAGAGGUGGGCGGGGCCUGGCUGGAGGCUCCGCCCAGCCGGGGCGUGACUGUGGUGGUGAGGGCCCCUCCCACCCAGCCCAUCCUCCUCCUGACCCCUCUCUCGGCCUCUCCGGACGGCUCCGAAUCCCAAAUUUCCCUCACCUGCCUCGCCCCUGACCCCUCCGGCCACGUCCGGCGCCGCUUCCGCUUCUACUGCGACGGCUAUGAGACCACUGAGGCCAGCCCCUGGCCACAAAUUUCGGUCGCCGUCCCCACUGCGGCCACGGCCGGAGCCGGACACUUCAGCUGCUGCUACGAGGAGGAGCUGGACAUGGGCUGGGUGCUGUCCCUGCUCAGCGCUGCUGUCAGAGUACCCGCCUCAGCUCAGUUCAAUCUCCUCCCCUUGGUCGUUGUCGGCGUCAUGGGCGUGGCCUCGCUGCUUCUCGUGCUCCUAUUGGCUGCUUGGAUUUGCCGAAGAAGGAGGGGGGGUUCUCUUUGGCAGGGGCUGAGCCCUGGUGACGACACCAGGACUUUGCCCAUGGGGGACUCUCGAGGUGGCCGCUGA